AUGAAACUGGGAAUACAACCGUGUACAUGGAGUACCAGGCUCUACGUGUUACCCUGUCUUUCCUUAUGUUUGUGGGUGUUUCUACCUUUCUCGACCUUCCAACCUGCUCGCUCACUGGAACAUCGAUACUGGUAUAAACGAAGGACGGAAUCCUGCAUACAAGCUGGAACGGAAUCUUUAAGUCAACGGAAUCUCGAUUUCGCUCCAAGAAGAAGAAGAAGUCAAUCCAAGCAAAAGAUCGCAAGUCGCUCGAAACUCGCAAAGUCCUGGGAACGAAGUCCACGAACGGCAAAGACAAACUCGCUCAGAUCAUAA